ACUUUAGGUUUAUUUAUAUAUUAGUUUAUUUUAUUUGUGUACGUAUGUAUAGUUAGAAUCCUUAAAGGUAGAGGAGGGUCGCUUGGCCUAACUAAGUUCAAAUCAAUUAAUCAAACCAGAAGGACGCCAAGAGAGAGAGAGAGAGAGAGAGAGAGAGAGAAACGGAAAUAGAAGAGGGAAAACCCUAGCUUUUUAUUGGUUUGUCCUAGUAAUGGCGGAUUUGGAGAAGCAGGUGAAGGUGGGUAUGGAGGAAGAGGGUGAGGUGGAAAACGUGGAGAAAGAGAAGUUGCUUGAGGAGGGAAUGGCUGUUCUGGAUUUCGACCUGCUCUGCUCCACGGUGGCCUUGCAGACUCAAGGUAAAUGGAGGAAGCUUGAGAGCCCUGACCAAGAUGGAGAUGGAGAUGGAGACGGAGACGGUGGGGAACUCGGAGGCGUUUUUCGGAUGUGGGAAGGUGAACUUCUCGAUUGCUUCGAAGACCGCCGUAUCGCUAUCGAAUCUGCUUGCUGUCCUUGCUUCAGAUUUGGCAAAAACAUGAGACGAGCUGGUUUUAGUUCUUGCUUUUUACAGGGAACUAUUUAUUUCAUUCUUGCCCUUGGUGCUUUUCUAAAUUGUGUCGCCCUCAUUGUCACCAAGCGGAGUUGUUUCUUAUAUUUGUCAAUUGCUUUCACGAUUUCAAUAGGAGCAUAUCUGGGUUUCUUUCGUUCCCAGAUGAAAAAGAAAUUUAACAUCAGGGGUAGCGAUAGUAAUUUGGACAAUUGCAUCUACCAUCUUGUUUGCCCCUGCUGCACGCUAUGUCAGGAAUCCAGAACGUUGGAGAUGAACAAUGUCCAAGAUGGCAUUUGGCAUGGCCGUGGUGAUACAAUAUGCGUAGGAAGCCUUGCUGAAGGGAGAAAAGCAUUCUUUGAGCUACAACCCCCUCCUCUUAUUUCGCCCAUAUUCCCAUAGACCUGUACUGUGCAAAUAACUACAGAUGAUAGUGCUCAUUCUUGAAACUCUUGAAGUUAGACAUCCCAAGAACUCAUUCUUGCUCCUCAGUAUCAAUGCAGCCACAGCUCGGAAUCAUACAAGGUAUCAGUCAUUGAUUUUCCCUCCUGGGAGUGAUUCUUACCCGUGAAUGGGAGAAGUUGUUAAAGCCAAGAAUUUGGCUAUAAUCGUCUGGUUUGGUUGUGUUCGCCGCUUGACCCGGAAUAGGAUGGUGAUAGGCGAAGAGAAAAAUGUGCAAAACUGUACUGUAGACUUCUACCUCCCCUAGCCAUGGGAUCAUCUAAGCGAUCCCCUACUCUAUAGAUAUAUGUAGGGGUAGAAAAUGUGAUCAUUUUUUUUUUUAUCUCUUGGUCAAUCAAAUCUAUUUUAUCC